AUGGCAGUAACAAAAUGUGAAAUUGUGGUUCAGAAGAAGAAUCUCGUAGUCGUAGCUAUUAGAUUCCUUUCUUGUGAUCUUGACACGCGAGGUUUUGCACUAGAUUCAGGGAUCCACCACGGGCAAGUGAAGACUCAAACUCUUCUAACACCUUCACAAUCUGCAAAACUCAGGCCUCUUGUCUGGCUGCAGAGACCAACGUUGUUCAAUCAAAGCUUUCAUGGCAGGAGGGCAGUCCACCGGGAUAGACGGUCUCAAAUUCUGCAAAAUUCAGAUGUCCUUUCUCGUGAUCUUGACACGCGAGGUUUUGCACUAGAUUCAGGGAUCCACCACGGGCUAGUGAAGACUCGAACUCUUUUAACACCUUCACAAUCUGCCAAAACUCAGGCCUCUUGUCUGGCUGCAGAGACCAACGUUGUUCAAUCAAAGCUUUCAUGGCGGAGGGCAGUCCACCGGGAUAGACGGUCUCAAAUUCUGAAAAAAUUCAGAUGGUUAGAGUUCUCCCUAGGGCUCCUCGAGCUCCUAGCUUUUUCUCCUCCUGGAUUUCGAUCCAUAGAGGUUCUUUCUCCUCCUGGAUCUCGAUCCAUAGAGGUGUUGAGCCACAUUUCACUGCAAAUUAUGGAUGGUAACACCCAACUUCCAUGGGCACUGACGGGAUUCUAUGGCAACCCAGUUGCGGAAAGGAGGCAGGACAGUUGGCAAAUGUUGAGAAGACUCACCCCUGAGAGCCCAUCCCCGUGGCUAAUAAUGGGGGAUUUCAACGAGAUAAUUAGCCAAGAUGAAAAGUUCACAUGGAGUAAUAAAAGGGAGGGGACGGAUUUUACCAAGGAACGGCUGGACAGAGCUUGCGCUAAUGCCACCUUUCCGGCCUUAUACGGUUCUUGUGUAGUGCAGGUGCUCCCAGUUUGUAAUUCAGAUCACAACCCUUUAUCUAUCAACUGUAAUCAAGGCCACUUUCAGUUGUUCCCCAAUGCCCGCUUGUUGUUCCGGUAUGAAGCAGCUUGGGCAGGGAAACAGGAAUUUAAGGACAUCAUUGCAAGCUCCUGGUCUCAUCUUAGGGGCCAUAACAGUUCACUGGGGUGGUUUAAAGAGGGCCUUAUGAGAUGUAGGGACAGGCUUCAAAUUGGGGCUCGGUUUAAUGCCAGAGAAGCUAAGAAGACUCUUAAGGUUAACAUGCAGAAACUUAGGUCAUUGCAGCAGGUUAACAAAGGGGACUUGAAUGAGAGGAUCAGAGUCAUUCAAAAUCAAGUUGAUGGCCAAUGUCUUGGAAUGGUGGAUGUUGUCCUUUCUACUCAACUCAUUCGAACUGGAGUCGGGGCAAAGGUUGAAUAUGGAAAAGACUUCCAUUUAUUUCAGUGGCAAUACUCGGCAGGAAAUAAAGUCAGCCGUUCUUCAUGCCGCUAG